AUGAACAAAUUAGCAGAAUGUCAUGGAAAAGAGAGUUUCUUCGAGAAUCGGUUCAUUUUUCAAGUGACAUCUCAUAUUAUCUCAUCGAUAUUUCUACCCGUAAACUGCUGGGGCAUCUAUUGUAUUGCGAAGAAGACACCGAAAUCGAUGAAGCCAGUGAAGAUGUAUUUGCUCAAUUUGCAUAUUUGGUCUACCCUAUUCGACUUAAUGUGUGGUUCUCUUAUCACUCCAUUCUUCUUUUUCCCAUCUCUUUCCGGCUCUCCGAGUGGAUUUUUAACAGAUAUCGGAAUCCCAACUCUUGUCCAGAUUUGUCUAACCUUUUGUAUUUUUGGAGGACUCUGCAGCGCCAUCAUCUUCGUUUUCGAGAAUCGUCAAUACGUCCUCUGUGAGAACACAAAUAAAUUCCGUUUGGAGAAUAACAGUACUCGAGUCGUCUACUACUCAUUUGUUCUAGCAUAUUGUUGUCUAUCAAUCUAUCCGUUUUCCUGGAAUAUCCCAGAGCAGAAAACCGCAAAGUUGAGGAUUUUAGGGAUAAUCCCCUGCCCUCAUCCAGAAUUCUUCUCCGACAACACCUACGUCUUCAAGGGGCCUGAAGAUACCGCAGCAUUUGGAUACUUCGGAUUGUGCUUCACAAUUUUUCUAGCUUCUCAAAUUUCUUUCUUCGGCGGAAACUGUUUUUAUAUGUUAUACGCAUUUGAUCAUGUAACGCUGUCCGCAUAUUCGAAAAGGUUGCAACGCAAGUUUUUCAUCACUAUUUGUAUUCAGCCAUCAUUCGACAAAAACGAAAUGAUCGAGUUGCUGAAAGAUAUAAUCCAAUGUCUUGCAUUAAGCAUCUCAAUUGUGUUGAACUCAGUUCUCACUUAUUUGAUUAUGACAAAAUCGAAUUCCAAGAUGGGUUCUUACAAGUAUAUCAUGAUGUAUUUAUCACUAUCAGCGCUUUGUUAUUCAAUUUUAGGAUUGAUUGUUAGACCGAAUCUGAGAUAUAGCAUGGCAACUGAAGGACUCUGCAGCGCCAUCAUCUUCGUUUUCGAGAAUCGUCAAUACGUCCUCUGUGAGAACACAAAUAAAUUCCGUUUGGAGAAUAACAGUACUCGAGUCGUCUACUACUCAUUUGUUCUAGCAUAUUGUUGUCUAUCAAUCUAUCCGUUUUCCUGGAAUAUCCCAGAGCAGAAAACCGCAAAGUUGAGGAUUUUAGGGAUAAUCCCCUGCCCUCAUCCAGAAUUCUUCUCCGACAACACCUACGUCUUCAAGGGGCCUGAAGAUACCGCAGCAUUUGGAUACUUCGGAUUGUGCUUCACAAUUUUUCUAGCUUCUCAAAUUUCUUUCUUCGGCGGAAACUGUUUUUAUAUGUUAUACGCAUUUGAUCAUGUAACGCUGUCCGCAUAUUCGAAAAGGUUGCAACGCAAGUUUUUCAUCACUAUUUGUAUUCAGCCAUCAUUCGACAAAAACGAAAUGAUCGAGUUGCUGAAAGAUAUAAUCCAAUGUCUUGCAUUAAGCAUCUCAAUUGUGUUGAACUCAGUUCUCACUUAUUUGAUUAUGACAAAAUCGAAUUCCAAGAUGGGUUCUUACAAGUAUAUCAUGAUGUAUUUAUCACUAUCAGCGCUUUGUUAUUCAAUUUUAGGAUUGAUUGUUAGACCGGAUCUUCUAUCAUACAGCUCGUGUUUUGCUGUUUAUGUGAAAAACUCGAGUUCGUUUUUCAGUCCUGAUGUCAUGAUUUACCUCAUGUCAUUCAUCUGUGCAUUCUAUUUCUUCUUCGCUUCCCUUAUAGCUGUUCAUUUCGUUUAUCGGUACAAUGCACUAAAGAGUUGCCAGUGGUAA